CCAUUUUUGUCAUUCUUUCCAUUUUUGGCCAGUAAAAACUACACAAAUAAGCUGAACUCUUCAUAAAUCAUAAGAAGAGGGUUUUCAAGAAGAAGGGCAAAUACUAAAAAUGGCAAGUCCUGGCAGUGGAGGAAGAACACUUGAAAUAGAAAAGAUGAGUGUUGAGCAACUUAAAGCACUGAAAGAACAAGCUGAUCUUGAAGUUAAUCUCCUUCAAGAUAGCCUUAAUAACAUCCGUACAGCAACUUCUCGUCUUGAAAUUGCAUCUAAUGCCCUUCAAGAUCUGUCUCUAAGACCUCAAGGGAAGAAAAUGUUGGUUCCUUUAACGGCGUCUUUGUAUGUGCCUGGGACCCUAGAUGAUGCUGAUAAGGUUUUGGUAGAUGUCGGCACUGGAUAUUUUGUUGAGAAAACUAUGACAGAAGGAAAAGAGUACUGUGAGCGGAAAAUCAGCCUGCUAAAGUCCAAUUAUGAACAGCUCCUUGAUGUUGCAACGAAGAAGAAAAGUAUCGCUGAUGAAACUGGUGUUAUCUUGCAAGCUAAAUUGAGACAACUUGCUCCAGCGCAGUAGAUCACACUUGCUUUUUCCCCUUCUGGGCGACCUACUUAUAAGGUUUUUAAAGAUCAACCGCACGGAGUUUCCUUUGUUGAUAACUCAAGAAGUUCAUGCGCCUCAACGAACUUUACAACUACCAAAUUCUGUCUAAAUUAGUAUUUUGCUGAAGCAGAAGUUCAAUGAGUAUUCAACGUACCUCCCUUCAUUUCACCCCAUUUUCCGCUGUUCUUUUUGCCUUUUGCGAGAAACAGAUGUUUGAUCAUCUGUUCCAUUGUAGUAACAUUGGUUGAUGACUCAAAAAGUUUAUGAUUUACCUUGGAAUGUCCUUUAGGGGGUGAAACCAUGAUACGGUUCUACUUUUACUGCGACUCGAGCUUCUAUUUCAUCUAUCUGUGUUUGUGUU